ACGUGGGGCGGGGCGAAGCAGUGACGCGCAGUAGUGGCGAUUCACAUCGAGGGAUAAACACAUUACAGCGGUUAAAUGUGAUCAUCUGACUGAAACUCAGAGACUGUGAUAAAGUCCAGAAACAUGGGGUGAUGAAGGAUUUAUUUAUAUUUGAUUAAUCGCUCGUUUACAAAGGCUCGGCUGUUGUGGUUUGAUUUGAAACGAUGGAGUACCUGCUGCAAGUUAAAGUUGGAGCUCUUGCUGGUUUACUAUGUUUAACACUGAUUUUUGGACUCAUCCCAGCCCGGAUGAAAUGGUUUCAUGACACAAGCGGAACAGAAAUCCACAAGGCAGUGUUGAGCUUCGUGAGCUGUUUCGCCGGAGGUGUCUUCCUUUCGGCCUGUUUAUUAGACAUCAUCCCAGACUACCUGUCCGACAUUCAGGAACAAUUACAAAUACGAGGCCUUGAUGAUGGCUUCCCGUUGGCAGAGUUCAUCAUGGCUUGUGGCUUCUUCACAGUCCUGAUUUUAGAGAAGAUAGUCCUCAGUUUCAGAGAGAGACACCGAAGUGAAGAGACGGCCCCUCUGUUAGUCCCGGCAGGUCACGGUCAUGGUCACGGACAUCAAUCACUAAAUAACCUGGAGAGCAGCGGCCAUCACGUCCACGUGGAUCUUCAAGCUCACUCGUCCUUCCGUUCCUUCAUCCUCUUCUUCUCUCUCUCUCUCCACUCGGUGUUUGAGGGUUUGGCCAUCGGCCUGCAGACCACAGACACCAAGGUGUUGGAGAUCUGCAUCGCUAUCCUGGUCCACAAGAGCAUCAUUGUCUUCAGCCUGGCGGUGAAGCUGGUUCAGAGCGCGGUCAAGCCCAUAUGGGUGGCUAUAUACGUGACGGUCUUCGCCGUGAUGUCUCCUCUCGGAAUCGCGAUCGGCAUCAUAGUGAUCGAGUCUGAACUGAAGGCCGGCGCUUUCAUUCAGGCGGUGCUGGAGGGGAUGGCGGCAGGAACAUUUAUCUACAUCACCUUUCUGGAGAUCCUACCACAUGAACUGAAUUCGCCGGAGCGUCCGCUGCUCAAGGUUCUGUUUCUCCUGUGCGGUUUCUCAGUAAUGGCCGCUCUGAGCUUCAUUGGCUGAAAGACGCUUUUAUUUGUCUGCCAAAGAACUAACGCCUUAAGGACAUCACGUUCGGCGACAGGAGACUUUCCAAACCGCACAUGAUUCAAGCAGAAUGAGAUGUUCGACUUGUUGACUGAUUUUAAAACAUAGAGCUGCUUUGUGUUUUAAAUGUUUUAAUGACAGAUCAUCUUACGAUUUA